AUGGCCGAUUGCUGGGUGAACAGUGCUGACGGAGACCUGAUUUCGCUGAUGGAGUCCCUGCCUUAUGGCAUUCAGCCGUUUAUUGAAGAUUUCAAUCACGAUCAGCAUAUUUAUGCGUCCAGUCCUCAACAAGAAAGUAUGUUCUUCUCUUCUGCUGAUUACUUGCCAGAUGACUUAAUGAAUCUUCAAUCAGAGGAGAUAUAUGAUUACAAUAGUGUUAUAAAUUUAGCACCACUCAGUGAAAGUUAUUAUCCAUUUGUCAGUGAUGUUUUUAAAACAACAUACGGAGAUGUCCUCAAUGUUUCCCCAAACAACUUGAACUCAACUGCAAGUUAUGUUGAUGUUAUUGAUAUCGAUUUUGAUAUUGGCAAUCAAUUGCAACUAGAAAGGGCUGAUGAUAGCAUCAACACAAGUCUUGAUAACCUCAACAUAUCUUUGCUUCUUGAUGAUAAUCAGUUAAACUUCUUCAACGGUUUUAAAGAUAGCACUCCUGAGUUAGAUAAUGGAACACAACCUCUUCCAAAACUCCCAGAGCAAGGUUUUGAAGCUGCGGAUGGAUAUGCUUUGUUAGAUAUAUUGGAGAGAGAAAUUCAAGCAUCAGUUUAUCCACAGGAUGAGCUCAUUGACAUUUGUAAAGAAGAUAAAGUUCCUUUAAAGCUGGAACACGAAGCACCAAAGCCUGCUGAAUCUGGAUCUUCAACUGAAGCGCUGCAAAAGAACAUGAUUCAAGUUACACAACCUAACAACAUCAAUCAUGCUGAAACAAUUGUUUCUGGAAGCUGUUCUAAUGUCAUAGCUAAUUCGGAGAGAAUAACCAACAAAAAAGAUAAAUCAGAAAGUGUUUCAAAAAAUAAAACAGAAAUCAAUAGAACCAAAAAAUGUUCAGAAAGUAAAGAGGACACGAAUGAAAGACUCAAAAGAGUUAUUGCUAAGUUACAAGCUAAAAAUCAAAGUGCAGAAAAAAUUAGAAAAAUGAAAGAAAAGGCAAAAGAAUUAUCUCAAAAAAUUGAGCAACAACGAACAAUGAAAUUAAAAAACAAUUGUCAGCCUCAAAUAAACGACCAUUUACAAGAUCAUGGCUACUCAAAUAAUAUUAAAAAAAAUGACCCAGAAAAGAAAAGUGUUAAAAUUGAUAAUAGAGAGUCUGGCUUUUCAGUUAAUAAAACAAAAAUUUCAAAUAGUUUGCCCAAAGCUGAAAACUUAUCACAGAAAAUUAGUCAAACAAAUAAAACAUCAGACAAAAAAAUGCACAAAAGUGAAAAAUCUUUCACUCAUCUGAAGAAGCACUCAAAAAAACAAAAACAGGAUGAUUCUCAGAAAGAUAAUAAUGGCAAAUUGGCUUUAGCUCAAAAUGCAGCACCAGUCAUUUUGUGUUCUGCUAUUAAUAACCCACAAAAGAUGGCAUCAAUUUUAAAAAUUUCUAGAUUUAAUUCAAGUUCAACAAAAGCAACUUCUGAUGGUAUUAACAGCUUGAAACAAAUUGAAAGCGUUUCUCUUAAUAAUAACAUUAAUCUCUCAAAGUCAGAUGUUAAUCUUUCAAAUAACUUGCCAAAAAGUCAUUCACCAACCAAAGAUCUUACAUCAAAAUCUCCGAUGUUGAAUGAAGAGGUUCUCCAAAUACCUGCCCCAUCCUGUUUUGUUCCUGAUAUGAUGCAGGAAGUUGUUAUUGAUUAUAAUGGUAAUCCUGUGUCUGAGUUGUCUUCAGCAUCUUCCAAGGUUAAAAAAAAAAUAACAAUAUCGGAUUACAAAAUGCGGUUACCAUUAAGAAAUCUUGGAGAAAACAACAAACCCAAAAAUCUCAUGGAGUGUGAUCAAGUUGUUGAGUAUGAUUAUUCCAUGACUGUCGACCACAAUUAUCAUAAAAGCUUCCACAGGGCUCCAAAAGAAGCUAGUGAAAAUCCAAGGCAGAAUAAUGACAGUAAGCUGUCUGUUUUACAACCAUUAAACAUUCAUAAUAAUGAUGAUGGUAACUUUGCAACAAGAACUGAUGCAAAAGAUGCCUCAACAACGCAAUGCAAUGAUGAUAACUUUAGAGCUAGAAAGCGACUUCGUGAUGUGGUGGAUGACUCUUUCAAAAAUGACAUUCAGAAAGCCAGUUUAGAAUCAACUUUGGUCUCUCAGUUUGCUGCAGAACUGCAAAAAAGAAGAAAGCUAAAAGACAAUAAAAAAAUAAAUGCAUUUAAUUCUAAAAGGACCUUUUAUGCGACUAGUGAACAAAUAGACCAGGAUGAUGAGGAAGGCGAAAUAAAAUCAGGUUGUUCUUCUCCGGAAAUUAUAUCUGACACUGAGUCUUCAUCGUCUGAAAGUUCUGAUGGAUGUUCAUCUGGAAGAUCGAGAUACAAUUCGCCAUAUCGUUCAGAUGAAUCUCCCAGCCAUCAAGCCGGACGAUCUUCUAAAAAUAGAUCAAGAUACAGAUCAAGAAGUAAAUCCAGAUCUAGAAAUCGAUCAGCCUGUGCAUCCGGUAGUUCAAGAAGUCAUUCGAGGAGUACUCAAAGAAGUUGUUCAAGAUCAUCAAAUAAUAGGUUUUUUGUGCUUUUAAAAUAA